CCGUUAACCUCGUAGGAUAUCGCGACAAUUGUCCCAAGUGGCGGCUGUGUGGCCCCGGUCUCAGUACGGACGGAGUUGUUUCUGACGUUUGAAUGAAAAACAGUGAAAAUUACCUCCACAUUGGACCCAUGCUAUAAUGGCUUCAGCCUUGGAGCAGUUUGUGAACAAUGUGCGGCAGCUUUCCGCUCAAGGCCAGAUGACUCAGCUGUGUGAGUUGAUUAACAAGAGUGGGGAGCUCCUGGCCAAGAACCUGUCACAUCUGGACACAGUUCUCGGGGCCUUGGACAUUCAGGAGCACUCCCUCGGCGUGCUGGCUGUGCUGUUUGUAAAGUUCUCCAUGCCAAACAUCCCUGACUUUGAGACGCUCUUUUCCCAAGUCCAACUCUUCAUCAGUACUUGCAAUGGCGAGCACAUUAGAUAUGCAACAGACACUUUUGCUGGUCUCUGUCACCAGUUGACAAACGCCCUUGUAGAGCGGAAACAGCCAUUGAGGGGCAUUGUCAUCCUGAAACAGGCAAUAGACAAAAUGCAGAUGAACACAAACCAACUUACCUCAGUUCAUGCAGACCUGUGUCAGCUGUGCUUGUUAGCAAAGUGCUUCAAGCCUGCCCUGCCCUUUCUGGAGCUUGACAUGAUGGACAUCUGCAAGGAAAACGGCGCUUACGAUGCAAAGCACUUUUUAUGUUACUACUACUAUGGUGGCAUGAUCUACAUGGGCCUGAAAAAUUUUGACAGAGCACUGUACUUUUAUGAACAGGCAAUAACCACUCCAGCCAUGGCAGUGAGCCACAUCAUGUUGGAAGCCUACAAGAAAUACAUCUUGGUCUCACUCAUACUCCACGGCAAAGUGCAGCAGCUGCCCAAAUACACUUCACAAAUUGUAGGGAGGUUUAUCAAGCCACUGAGCAACGCCUACCACGAGCUGGCUCAGGUUUACACCACCAACAACCCGACCGAAUUGCGCAGCAUAGUCAACAAACACAGCGAGACGUUCACGCGAGACAACAACACGGGCCUGGUGAAGCAGUGCCUUUCUUCCCUCUACAAAAAGAAUAUCCAGAGGCUAACAAAGACUUUCCUGACACUGUCUUUGCAAGAUAUGGCAAGCAGGGUGCAACUAUCAGGACCUCAGGAGGCCGAGAAAUACGUUUUACACAUGAUUGAAGACGGUGAGAUCUACGCUAGCAUUAACCAAAAGGACGGCAUGGUUUGCUUCCAUGACAACCCAGAAAAAUACAACAAUCCAGCAAUGCUACACAAAAUUGACCAAGAGAUGUUGAAAUGUAUAGAACUGGAUGAGAAACUAAAGUCUAUGGAUCAAGAAAUCACAGUAAACCCACAAUUUGUGCAGAAGAGUAUGGGAACGCAGGAAGAUGAUGUUGGCAGCAAAACAUCAAGUUACUCGUGAGGGGCACCAGACAACCAGAAAAUGCUGCAACCUUCCCGAUACAUUCUUCCAUGGAUGCGUUGGACGUUUUUGUUUCUUUUUAAGAGGAAAAACAAAUAUUCUAUUGCGUAAGGACAUUGGUUAAGGAAAAUCUAAUUGUUUGAUAAUGUUGAAUAUGGUUAUUCUUUCUUCACAGGAUAACAAAACUUGACAGAAAUGGAAAAGAUUCAGAUUAUGUCAGCGUUUUAUUUAUCAAUGUUCGGGUUGGAGUGACACGGUUACGUUAUCACCAAACAAUAAAAACUGGAUUUUUCCAAGCAUAUUUGUGAAUAAUCUCAACGUUCUGAUGCAUGAUGACUGGAAUCUGGAAGUUGUUACAUAUUGGUGACCUAUCAUUUAUGGAUGGAAAGGAAUACAUCGGACAA